UUAUCCAAAAUGAGUCAGCAAAUAGGCAUUAAAUCAAUAUUAUUGUUUUGUGAAUUAAAAAAAAAAAUCUGGCGGAAUAAUUAGACGAAUCUAACAAUAAAUGAACAGUGUCUAAAUCAACAACUGUAGAAAAAAAUUAAACUAUUUAUUGUAUAUUUUCUUAAUAUUAAACAUUAUGUUGAUUUUUAAAAAAAUAAUUGACAGUGUAAUAUGUAUAACGUACCACAACAUUAAUCUAAAAAUAUUUCAACGUGAAACCUUUUUUGACAUCACCAAAUCGCUUUAUUUUUCUUCCUCAUCAAAAAUGUUUUCUCAUACAAGGCAAAAUAUUACAUUGCACCGUUUCGCAUGUUAGGGGCCAUGCACCGGGCUAUUUUUUGCCUCUCUUUAAAAGUCAAAACGGCGUGAAAUUCAAUUUUACGCUCCUUUUAUCCUUUAACUACCCUCAUAACCCAACAUGUGUUUAUCUACGUGUGUGUGUGUGUGUGUGUGAGUGCGCGCCAACUUUCCAUGGUGCCGCUGGCAGAAGCUCCAUUAAAGUGUAGACCCCCUUCCCUGUUGCCUGGCGCUAAAGUAAAUUUAAGAUUGUUUGACCAACACAAAUAUUUACGCACACACACACACACACACACACACACACACAAAACGCAGGCUCGCAGACGCACACGCCUCACACAGCGAGGCGUAUAUAUAGCGUCAGCAUUUUUGACAGAGCAGUCAUCACUCACUACAAUGGCGACGGGCGUCCUGCGAAACUUCCAGCUGCGGCUGGCGUCCCCAGUUUACUUCCACCCGGAGGAGGAAGACGAGGAUGAGGAAGAGGAGGAAGAAAAGGGGUCCAGUGAUCAAGAUGAAGAGGAGGACUCCUCAGACCCCCGGGUCUCGUCAGACCCGCAGGACGCCACCGAGCGGCUGCUGAGGUUCGCCGACAUCAUCAGCCGAGACGUCCGGCGAUAUUUCGGCCGGCGCGAGGCGCAGGUCGUCUCCGGCGAAGGAGCCGCCGCCGCCGCCGUUGGGGGGCGCCCGCGUUACGACGACCCGCCGGGGCCGGCCGGGGAGGUGAGGGAAGGGACCCCAAAGGCAGUGGACAAGGGGCACCCCUCAUCUGAACUGGGUCCCCUGGCCGAGCUGUUUGAGUCCCGGGGCAAAGACCAGGGCCGCCCCAUGAACGCCAGGCACCUGCCGCUCAGUUUCUGGACCGAGCCGGACCCUUACGAUGGGGACGCCUCCCCACAGGACACCCACAUGAACUACAGCCUGCACACUCUGGAAAACUCCCAACCAGACUUUAGUGACCUGCUGGCCAACUGGGACCCCAAUCCGGACGACGCGAACGUGUUGCAUUGAC